AGAUUCACAACCAGAACUGAAUUAGAGUUAUGUAGUAGUGUCCCUCUAAGGCCCUUCACAGUGUACCAACAUGGCGGGUUGCUUCACCCCUCCACAUAGGCUGUUUGAUGUUGUAGAGGAGAGAGGGUGUGGGCCCUCGUUCCUUCGCUGAGGCUUUCGUCCCUUAACAAGGACGCGAGGAACUCGCUUGAAAAAGCUGAAACAAACACUUCAAAAAGCUAAAAUAAACACAUGUGAAGAGCUCCGAUUCUGAAAAGGUUGAAACAAAGCCGGGGGAGAAGGAUGCCAUGCCGAGCUCGGAUUCUUCCGCCGCCGCUAGAGCUCCAUGUCCGGCGGCGCCACCCCGCGCCGGGCGAGGUCCGGGCGGCGCCAUCGAGCUCUAGGCCGGAUCCACGCCGGACAAGGUUCGGGCGGCGCCGUCGAGCUCCGGUGGAGGCUAAGCUCCCGCACCGCUUCAGAUCCACGCCGCCGCCACCACCUCGAAGGAGCGCUGUCGCCGCCGUCUUCCCACCGUUGCUUCUACGCCAAGCCCCGAGGAUGCCGCUCGCCCGACGCCGGAUCCGUCGUCGAGACACUGCCGGGGGUGGAGGGGCCCGGUGAGCCCUCGCGUCGCCGCAGCCCUCCGCGCCCUCAUCGCCGGCCAGAAGUGGAGGGGCCGGUGAGAUCUCGCGCCGCCGCCGCCGAACUCGUCACCAUCUCCCACUCCUGUGCCCCCGCGUCGCCGUCUCCCGCCCCGCGCUCUAACCCGCUUCGUCGAGUUCGUCGCCGUCCUUCGCUGGAGGAGAGGAGAGCCGGCGCCGGCGGAGGAGAGGAGGGGAGCCAGCGCCGGCGGAGAGAGGAGGGGAGAGAGCCGGCGUGACCGUGAGGGAGGAGUAGUUGGGGGAUUUGGGUAAA